CAACCCUGGUUUAAUGUGCAACUUAAUUAUUCCUUCCCCCCGCUCAAGCCUGGUUUUAUGUUUAAUUGCCCCCCCCCCUCCAACCCUGGUUUAAUGUGAAACUUAAUUAUUCCUUCCCCCCGCUCAAGCCUGGUUUUAUGUUUAAUUGCCCCCCCCCCCUCCAACCCUGGUUUAAUGUGAAACUUAAUUAUUCCUUCCCCCCGCUCAAGCCUGGUUUUAUGUUUAAUUGCCCCCCCCCCCCCUCCUAUCCUGGUUUAAUGUGCAACAUGGGAUGGGAGGACUAAGUGAGAGUGCUACCAUUUACGCACCCAGCGGAUAGUAAAUAUCUUAUUGUAUACUUCAGUGCUACACAAUAACUUAACCUAUACGUUAUACAGUGUUAUAUGUUCCUACUAUUCAUUUAUUGAUUGAUAGGUAUUAAUGUUGUAAACGAUGUCAGAUUGGUGGUAUGACAUGAAAUUUUAUUCAUUAAAAUUCAUGUUGGAGAAAUAUGGGCAAUUUAGUAACAAAUUUGGAAUGCUGUGUAUAGCUCGAGAAGAAAAUGUUACCGGAAAAAGAGUUUACUUCAUUGCCAGUUUGAAUAAGUUUUUGUAUCAUUAUCCAAUUAUGUCUAACCGGCAUUAUUACGAGAUAAUUACAGACAAAUCUACGAUUUACUUCGAUCUCGAGUAUAAUCGAUCAGAUUCUUUUUUUAUCAACGACGAGAAAGGAUUCACUCUUUUCAUAGAAUUAUUGAAACAAUUUCUUCUGGCUAAGUUUCCUAACAUUCAAGCAAAUGAAAUUUAUUAUCUAACGCUGGACGCUUCUAAUCAUAAGAAAUUUAGUCGACACGUUAUAGUUCGAUUAAUUAGUAAAAAUACGGAAUAUAUACACAAUAACAAUUUCGAUGCCUUGCGUGCUCUUAUGCUAGAAUUCAGAGACUUUAUCAUUGGGUUCGUGUUUGGUAUAAAUUACGAUGCAAGUAUGUAUCGAAAUAUUGACAUUUCAAAUGGAAAAUAUUUACGAAAGUAUCAAAAAAACGUCGACAUAUCAGAGCAAGAUCUUUGCUAUGAUAAAUUCGCUUCGGAAUAUUCAACUAAGAAUGCCAAAGAAAUUGUAAUAUUCUUAGCUGAUGGUUUAUUUAUUGAUUACAAAGUCUAUGACAGGAACAGAAACUUUCGGUUGAUGGAUUCUUCCAAAAAGAAUGACGAAUCCAGAAUAUUAAAAUUCAAGCCGAAUCUGUCAGUUUUACCGUUCAAGAACUUAAAGUCUGAUAAUGUUUUGCGAUUCUCUUUUAUAUCAAAACCAUUUUGCAGUAAUAGAAAGUUCAUUCGAUCAGAUAUGAAAAAUAAUAACGCUGAUCUCAAUGAUACUACAAUCGUUGCUGUCAAAAAAGCAUCAUUGUUGAAAUUUGUUCCAGAUGAAUUAACUAUUGAUCAAACAUUAAAUUUGCAGAAGGCCUGUAAAACAAUUGAAUCACUUUCAUUUUCAAUUACUCAAAUAUCUAGAGUUUAUCAUGAUAUAUUUUGUAUCAAUGUUUUCGAACGUUUUUGUAUAAUUGAAAAGAAGUUAAACCGAAAAAACCGUGUAUAUUUUAUAUACAAUAUAAAUAGUUCCGUUAUACGAUUUAAGUGUUUUGAUUGUGGCAAAUCAAAAUUUUCAGAUAUUCCAGUUUCAGAAUUGUGAAUAGUUUUUAAUAAAAGUGAUGGGCACUUAAUCA